AUACGAGUCAAAAGGAAACACAUAAUGGCUGAAAAUAUUACACGUAGCAAACCCCUUGCCAUCGUGGCACUUUGAGACCCCUUAGCUAUGACAUCUGUUCCAACUGACUUUGGCUUUUUCAUACCUCCUUGAUCCUUCCCUCCUCCUCCUCCUCCUCCUCCCUACUAUACACUAAUCUUUUACUAAAUCCAACUCAAACCCAUUUUCCACAGUAGAUAUCUCUUAUCAAAUUCUGCAGAAACUCCAUAAAGUUUAUUGCACAAGUUCCAUCAAACUCUGCAGGAAUUCAUGGGCUCAGAAACUUUCCUGGAAGUGAUAUUGGCAAUACUCCUACCACCUGUUGGAGUCUUCCUGCGUUAUGGCUGUGGAGUGGAGUUCUGGAUCUGUUUGCUGCUAACAAUAUUGGGAUACAUACCUGGAAUCGUAUAUGCCAUCUACGUGUUAGUGGGAUAGCCUGGCUCAUGACGAUGUUGAUACUAGUAUGAGAGUUUUUUUUUUUUUAUGUGACAUGAUCUAUGCAGUGUGGUUGAUGCUUUCAGAAUAGCAAACUUAUGGAUGUUUUGAUCAGAGU